AGAAAAGAAAAAAAGGUAAUCCAUCUAUAGUACAUCGUUUGUUCAAUUAAACCUAACUUUACAAGGUUUUUGUUUUUGGAAAUUUUUGGAAGGAAUGAAAUUCUGGGUGAAUGAUGUAUCGUCCAAGUAAAAGAGUUGAAAAUUGAGAAACUUCCACAUGUUCUGUCCACUAAACUGAAAAGAUCCCUGUGAAGAUAAUGGCCUCUUCUAGCUACUCUAAUUCUCCCUGUGCUGCCUGCAAGUUUUUGAGAAGGAAAUGUAUGCCAGAUUGCAUUUUUGCCCCAUAUUUUCCACCAGAAGAACCACAAAAGUUUGCCAAUGUUCACAAGAUAUUUGGUGCAAGCAACGUGAGUAAACUUCUCAAUGAAGUCCAACCCCAUCAAAGAGAGGAUGCAGUGAACUCUUUAGCCUAUGAAGCCGAGGCACGGAUAAAAGAUCCAGUUUAUGGUUGUGUUGGGGCCAUUUCAGUGCUCCAAAGGCAAGUGAUUAGGCUCCAAAAGGAACUUGAUGCCACAAAUGCUGAUUUGAUUCGCUAUACUUGCAAUGAAAUACCAAAUCAAGAUGGUAGAAGGAUGGGAGAAGGAGGUGGUUCCUCUCUUGGUCAAUCUCCUGGUUUUUAUUAUCCUUCUCCUUGGAACAAUGAUCCUUCUGGGGAUGGUUAUCAAAGAGGAGGUGACAACAAUAUGUGAUUGUCAACCUUCUUGGUCCAUCUAUUAUGAAAGUUCUAUUAAUUUACAACACAUCCCUUUAGGGUUUCUUAUUGUAUAGUAUUUAAUUGGAUUAAGGGGUGAGCAUGUAUACAUAAAUAUUUAUAUGUGAUACUCAAGGUAUAUGAAUAUAAUAUUUGUAUGUUAUAUAGUCAGAGU